CUUAAAAAUUAAUUAAAGUUUAGUAAUCCAUUUCAUAAAAAAGAGUUAUUUACAUAAUUUUCCUACUAAUCCACUAUUCCAUUCAAUGGGAUAGUUACGGAUGCAUCUGAGUCAAAGUCUCUUCCAAUCAGAUGUUCAUACGCCGCACCGAAGCUUUGACUAUAAGAGCCACUAGUGUUACGCCACAUGGACAACAGUAGUCAAACUAUACGAUGAUGUUGACUUGCCCAUCAUAGAUUAUCUAGUCUCGAAGGCACAGGAUAAAUACUCCUUUGCAUUAAAUUCAGUAACGUUGACGUGUCUUUCCACAAAGUCCGUAGACAAAUCGUAACCAACGACGCGAUGCACCACAAAAUUCCUCCCUCCUUCCAUAGUCGCCAGUCAACUCUUUUGCGUUUCUUUUCUCAUUAAACCUUUAGCUCUUUCCACCGUCACUCCCAAUACCCUCACCAACAAUGAUCAAGCAUAUUGCUCCGGCGCCGGCGCCGCACCACCGGAACGUUUCUCGGCGAGCACCGUCGCCCUCCGCGACUGCUGUUAAUCGGUCCUUUUCGUCGCCGGAGACAUCAUCGAUGAUGUCGAAUUCGAAUUCGUCGUCGUCGCCGCCGUCGAAGUUGCGAGUGGAGUUCAGUCCACCGUUGAUUGCUAUGGUGGUGAUAAUCGCCGCGGCUUUCGUCCUCAUCACCUACUCGAGGCUCAUUUCGCGCCACCUCAUCCACCUCCACCGGCGCUACCGGCGGUGGCGGCGCAGGAGAAGGCGUUAUGUGCCUUCGUCUUCGGCCGGCGACAUCGAGUCUCCUCCGUACUCGUUUGAUCCUACUGACGGUUUCCAUGUGCUGUCUCCUUACGGGCUUGACGAGUCGGUGAUCAAAACUAUUCCGCUGUCUAUCUAUAGCCGGAAGAGCAGCGUUCACGACUGCGCGGUUUGUUUGCUGGAAUUCGAAGACGACGACUACGUCCGCACGCUUCCGGUGUGCUCGCACGCGUUCCACGUGGAAUGUAUUGAUAUAUGGCUCCGGUCGCACGCGAACUGUCCGUUGUGCCGCGCGGGAAUAUUCCGGCCGGAGUCGCCGUUCACUCCAUUGAUGGCGGCGAGAAUACGGCCAAGCUUGGAUGAUAUGAUAAUGGAGAGCACGAUACUGGAGCCGUUGGCGGAAAUUCCGCCAGAAUCGGAUGUGGCAACAAUCGGGGAGAUCACGCAGGAACCGUCACCGAGACGGAAUAACCAAUCAGAGGACAGAUUCAACGGUCCGGAUUUUCUGCUAAAACGAUCGUAUUCGUUCGGAUUCGAGAGGAGCAUAGGAUCGGAGAGGCUAGUUUUGGAAGCAACCACCGCGUCUCCGUGGCGCUACCGCAGAGGAGGCGGCGGGAGCUUCUGGAGCAAACGUCCGUCCCCGUUCAGCUCGCUGUCGAAGCCUAGAGUCUUCUCCUUCCGCUACUACAGAGGAGGAAUGAAGUCCCCUUUCUUCCGCCGCAGAAGCGGCGGCGGCUUUUUCCCGCUAUCAGAGUCCAGCGCGAGAUUCGGCGGCUCAGCUGGCGGCGGCGGCGGCUCCUCGUCCAGACGCACCAAGUCAUUCGCUAGCCCGAUGUUCAUGCGAUCAUCAGGCGCGCCAAACGGCUUCUUCUCAUCCAGCCGGCUAAGAAGCGGCGACCCCGAAGCCCUACUAUCACCGGACAGAUUCAACCGGCGGUGAGCACGUGGGACAUGAAAAUUAAAUGAUCAUCGGGAAGCGCACAGUACUGGGUGAUCCACGGAGCUUGAGCGGGUCGGGUGGGGACAUAUUCGGGUGAUAUUAAUGGCGAAAAUUAAUGAGUUGCCUGGCUACACCUAUGGGUCAUUCUGGCGCUCAUUAAAUGGCAGGCCGGAGAAAAUGGUGUAAGAAAAGGAAAUGCAGUUAUGGCAUUUAAUGGGGAAUUGACUACUGAUGCCAUUAGCCUCAGAUGAUGUAUCGAAUUGCAUAAAGGGAUAUAUAGUGGGGGAAGUGAUGAUUAAGGUGAUCAAAGCUGCAUUGGUCAUUUUUUUGUUGGAUUUAUGUGGGCAUUCUUUUUAGCUUUUUGGGGCACCAAGAUUAUGGUGUGACCGAUUUGAAUGUGUACUUUGUUUGGUUUUGGUUCGUGGGAAUAUGGUGUGGAUCACCCAAUAGCAACCCAGACAAUUGUUAGUGAUGAUUUAACAGCUACCAUAAGUACACUUUUUUUUUUUUUUUUUAGUUAUGAUUAUAGUG